AUGGAAGCUGAUGUUCUUGCUAUUCCAAUCUCAACUGUGGCAUCAGAGUCAACUUUUAGUGCUGGUGGAAGGAUGGGAAUUGCUGAUGUCAUUUUAGACCUAGUGUGUAGUGAGAUCACGCUGAGAGAAACUGAUUUAAAAAUAUAUGUAGGUCGUAAUUCACCUAGUGAAAUUGCGGACAUAAUGGCAGAGCGGAGUAUGGAUUUUGUUGACCACUCCUUACGUGACCUCACUUCAGUAAUGGGUCAAGAAUUUUCUCAUGAAGGGAUUAAUAGUGAGCAUAUAUCAUAUGAUCAGUAUGAGCAGGAGGAAGAAAAACAUGAUGAAGUUGACGGGGAUUAUAUGGAUGAGGAUGACACAAAUGUGGAACCAAUGUUCGAUUAUCACGGCUUUAAUGAAGGAUAUACAAGGACAAGAGGCUUUAGUGCUCGGAAGAACAGGACUAGGAAAAGUCAUGUAGGCGUACUUAAGUUGAAGAAUUUUGUAUGUCAUCAUGAAGGAUUUAGACUACAAAAUAAUAAUGGGAUUGGAAACUUUAAGGAAAAAUCGACACCAGAGACAAAGUGUGGCUGCAAUGCAAUGAUGGAGAUUCGUCUAGAUGCACAUAGCGGUCGUUGGUUUAUUUCUUAUUUUUCUAAUGAACACAGUCAUCUGCUUCUGGAUCCUCGAUUGACUGGAUUGCUUUGUGGGCAUAGAUUCAUGUCCGAGGCUGAUAUUGGCCACAUGAUUAACAUGAAAAAGGGUGGGAUUAGUGUUGGGCAGAUAUAUCGGGCAUUAGCAAAUCAGGCAGGUGGCUACGAGUAUCUCUCUUUCACGCAAAAGAACAUGUACAAUAAAAUAGCAAAGCAGAGGCGCCAAUUACUUGGUAAUGCAUAUGCAGCAUUGAAGUAUCUAGAAGAUUGA